UUGAGAAAUAUUCGUUUUAAUUCUUACUUACUACAAGAAGUUGUUCGCUAGAGAAAAGUAAGAUAACUAAUUCAAUGUUGAAAAUAAUUGCAAUCAAAGAAUUUAUAAAGUGUUGCACUCAAAAGAGAACCGCAUCUGUAGUUUUAUGACUGACGGCUCGCUUUACUUUGUUCUCAAAAUAAAUAAAUAAUCAAAAAACAUCAUUUAUAUAAUGAGCGAGUAUCAUCACAAAAGUCAUGAGUAGUUAUAUAUUUCUACAAAAUCAAUAAAAUAGACCUUCAGUUUUGCCGUGUUAUUAUCUAUGCAUUUCUUUUUCUCAUUGGCCGUUUUCCAAUUACUACCUCAGGUACCUGAGGUAGUAUUCCAAUUACAGAGCAUAAUGCGACUCAGUGACGCACAAUGCCGAAUUAUGCUGAAGCUUAGUUGAGCAUUAUCCCGCAUAAUGUGCUCUUGUGCUGUAAUUGGAAAACAGGGAUUGAAUGCGUUUUUUUUUUAAAUGGUACGGUAUGGUACGGUACCUUUUUUUUCCUACCUAAGCUGGUAGCCUUGAGAGGCUAUUCCAGCGUUACCUUAACUAGUAGGUGAGCUCACGGGCGCUCAAACCUGACGAAAUACGGUACCAAAGUAGGUACCUUAAGUACGGUAGGUACCGUAGUUUACCGUACCUACUAAGGUGAACAGAACUGUCAAAUUUUUUAAACUAUCAAAUGUCAGACAUGCGCACAUGUAACCGUUGCUGCUUGCUUUAUGAGUUUAUGACAAUGUACUGCAUCUGCACAAGGUAAUGGUUUUAUUUUGUGAAGUUUGCAAGUAAAUUACAUCAAAAAUGGCAAAUUUACUUGAAUUACUGGUUACCGCUGACUGCAACAAUCCUUUGUGGACAGCAAGCAUCUGGGAUUCACAUAUCGGUACGAAUCUCAUGACGUACAAAGGUGGAGGUACUGCCGAAUCAAAAACGCUUUCUUUCAUCGGUAACGAUUAUAUAGCAGCAGUAGAAAAGACUAAACCAAUAUUACACAUAUGGCCCUUGAAUUCACAUCAGCCGGUCCAAGGAAUGCGGUUUAUUUUACCCGGAAAAGCGAGUGCCUUGUCUAUAACCCGAGACGGCUCCUACAUAUGUGCUGGAAUCGAAGAGAAAAUCUACUUGUGGCAGACUGCGUCGGGAAAUCUGUUGACUAUAAUCAGCCGUCACUAUCAGAAAGUUGUAUCAUUAAAAUUCACACCAGAUGGAAAGUAUUUCAUAUCAGCGGCUGAAGAUGGAAUGGUAAUGGUUUGGUCGCUUGCAUCUGUGGCAGCACAUCCAGAAAUCGAUCUUGUGACGCAGUCGUCUGCUGGCCAACAUGACCCAGUUCAUAUCUUCUCUGAUCAUUCUCUACCUGUAACUGAUUUGUUUAUAAGUAAAUUUGGUAUGCAUGGACGUCUGUGUACUGUGUCUAGUGAUAGGACUUGUAAAAUAUAUGAUCUAUCUACUGGAGAGAUGUUAUUGAAUCUAGUCUUUGAUGUUCCUCUGUCGGCUGUCACUAUGGAUGUUUUAGAAUUGAAUGUGUUUGUUGGAAGCAAUGAAGGUAAAAUAUAUCAGUUCAGCCUUGCCCAUCCACCUAGGAGCAGAGAUUUAUUGAUCAAUUCUGAAAACGGAUCUCCGGUCUUCACGUUACAUACUAAAGCUAUAACAUGUCUCUCUGUCUCAUUAGAUGGUGAAACUCUCAUGUCAGGUUCCAAUGAUGAGCAUGUUAUACUAUGGCACAUACCUAGUCGACAGCCAAUUAGAACUAUAAGACACAAAGGGCCAAUUACAAAUGGAUUUUUUACUGUAAACCUUCCAGCUAUUUUUCAAUCUGAAUUUUGUCCUGACAUUGUUCUACAUAGUUUGGAGAGGACACUUGAAAAAGAUUCUGAUGAAGCUACUGAAAUAGAAGUCUUGAUAAAUAAGAAAAUUAGUUUUUGGCCAGAACAAAAUUCUUAUGAAAUCAAAGAAAUAAUACAACAAACUGAGACUUCAUUUAUGGGACAAGAAAAGAAAUGGAAAAAUGAAAUAGAAACUUUAAAGGCAGUAAAUGCAAAACUUUAUGCAUUUUCUAUAAAUAAAGCAAUAGAUGCAGUUCCAUUAGUGAAUGAAUCAAUUAUAAAAAAGGCUAAAAAGAAGAAAAACAAUAAGAAAAAUAAGUAAUAAAUAAUUAAUCAAUUA